CACACAGAAUACACUACGUGACACAAGACGUGACUUCUGCGCAGGGUUUCAGUUUGACGUGUCCCACUUGGAGCAGGCGGUGGUGCAGCAUUGCUUACAAGGGGAAAUGCAGCAAGAGGAACUCUGAGCUCUGAUCUUCUGUUAUCAGGACAGCCCCAGCUCAUCCCCACUCCUUAUCAGUCCUCACAGAGCUCUCUCCUCUGCCGUGCUGAGCCUUCAUAAAGCCUGCCUUUUUGUGCUAUUGGGGCCAGUCCCACUGGCUUACGUCUUUAUGUAAAGAAGCACUUUGAUAAAUGCUGUUACCUAUGCGAACAAAGCAGGCCUAGUUGUGAUAGGAACACUGAAGAGAGCCAAUGUUGGACCUCAUUAUUCUGAGCAUUCAUUUCUUCAUCUGCUUUCUCAUCUCUGUUGUAAUCUGGUGUGGAUCUAAGGAUGUGGUUUUGCGCAGCUCAAGCAAAGGAACAGUUGAAGCAGAGCCGGAUGGUCUUGUACUAGUUGGAAAAGAAGACGACAUAAAAAACUCCCAAAGAAUAACUGCCAAAGUCAAUGGCAGAGAAGUUGUUGUUUUCUACCAUGAAGGGAAAUUUCAUGCUUUGGACUCUCGCUGCUACCAUGAAGGAGGCCCUUUAAAUCUUGGAGAAAUAGAGGAUAUUGAUGGUCAACCAUGUAUUGUUUGUCCUUGGCAUAAGUACGUAAUUACUUUGGAAACAGGAGAAGGAUUAUAUGAAGGAAUAAACCCUUUGGAGCCAUCACCAACACCUCGGUGGCAGUCAAAAGGAGUAAAACAAAGGAUUCACAAAGUUACAGUAAACAAUGGAAACGUUUAUCUGCAGUUUGGCCCAGAAAAGGAAGAGCAGUGCAGUGGUUGCCUUCCCCUGGCCUGGUUGUAUGUCCCACACUGUUCCUAGCACUGCAGUCUCAGCACCCAGGAGAAUGCCACCUGUGUCUGAAGUUAAAAAGCUGCAGGUGCUCGAGAUGCAGUGCACAUCCCAGGAGGUCAUGUCACCUUCCACUGCUCACCACAUUUUUAAUGAGACUCAGCAUCCAAAGAAAACCUGAAGCUCAAUAUCUGUUAUGAGAUGCAGGUGUUUGUGGCAUGGAAUUUUCAUUGCCAGUUUAGAUGCUCCAGCAGGUGCUAAGCUGAAACAAUGCCUGAUGUUAACCAAAAUAAUGUAAUAAUAAAUUCUUUGUUAUUUUUUUCUGUUGCUUUUUAAAUAACUGAUUGCUGAUCAAUGUAAGGACAUACAUAUUAGAGAUACCUUAACAGUAGAGAAAAAAUACUGGUAAUUAAAAAUAUGUACUUCUCUGUCUUCAUCUCUAAUCACACUGGGUUUCACUUCUGUAACUUGGACAAUGUGAUCUUUGACAGCAGUUAUCUAUUUCUUUGAAUGUCUUUUACAAGAUUCUUCUUUGCUGACUUGUAAGGAUGCUCUUAUCCCCUCUGAUGCCUUCCUCCUAGCCCAAACCUUUUCUUUCAGGAUAACUUGACAAAUUCCUGCACUUAUUGGUGGAUUAUGCAGGCUGAGGGAUUUCCAUUUCUCCAUGUAUUACCUGCUUUGCAUACAGAUUUUUUUAUUAUUAUUUUUUUUAACUUUAUAUUCAUAUUCUGCCUAGGAAAGGGGAGGGAGGUGGUUCUUGUAUGUUGCUGUUUUUCAUGCAAAUAACUUCAACAACUUGUUCACAGGAGAUUUAACUUCUCAUAUUUUUUUCAGUUGUUAUGUAGAAGCCUGGUUUCUUGUCCUAAGAGAUGAAUGGUAUAACAUACUAAAGCAAAUCCAAUUAAUAAAUCCUACACAGUUCUCCUCUGAGGUAGAGGAAAAGCACAGAGAGCUAGUGUUGGAUCCAAAAAGGAUCAAAAAAGGGAUUUGCCAAGAAGAUUGAUGAUGGGAUGUGUUUUGUUUUUUUUUGUUUGUUUGUUUUUGUUUUUGGUUUUGGUUUUUUGUUUUUUUUUUUUGGUCUGGUUUGGUUUGGUUUGGUUUGGUUUUUUUCCCCCCAAAGUCUUUUCAAUGAAUGGUGGAUAGAAUGCAUUUUUUAAGUUAAGUCCAGAAUGGAAAAAUUGUUUUUGAGAACAGUCAUAACAGUAAAGUAUAGUAAGUCAAUAA